AUGGCGUCGUCAUUUCAUUUAUUAUUCCGAUUGGUGUCGAGGAUUGGAAGAAUUCCAAAUGUUAAACGAGAAAGACCAGGACGUGCUGGCAAGAAGACGGCUCAAUCUGCACUGCUGGCUGAGCCACUCAUACUAUUCGAUGAAAUGUGGAGCACCUGGGACUGUGUUUUGCAAACGGGGCUUUUCAUCCAGUCGAAGGAGGCCAUCCGAGCAUCGUUGAUUUUUAUAAGCAAUGUAUGCCACGUCUGA